AUGCCUCAGAAGCAGCUGCCUGGCUGCAUCCUUCUCUUCACAUUCCUGGGUCUGUCUGGGCUGGUUGGUGCAGUUACCAGAACAUACCAUAUUGGCAUUGUGGAAGAAUACUGGAACUAUGUACCUCAAGGGAAGGAUGUUAUCACUGGAAAGAGCUUCUCAGAAGACAAACUUGCAACCUUAUUUCUCGAAAGAGGACCCAAUAGGAUAGGCAGCAUCUACAAAAAGGCGGUGUACAGGCACUUCACAGAUGAGACCUACUCCAAGGAAAUCCCCAAGCCCGCCUGGCUCGGCUUCCUGGGCCCUAUCCUGAGGGCUGAAGUGGGAGAUGUGAUUAUCAUUCACCUAAAGAACUUUGCCUCCCGGCCCUUCUCCUUGCAUCCACACGGUGUUUUCUACAACAAAGACUCGGAAGGAGCCUUAUACCCAGAUGGGACAUCUGGGAGGAACAAAGAUGAUGACAUGGUUCCCCCUGGCCAAAACUACACCUAUGUAUGGCCGGUGAGAGAAGAAUAUGCACCUGCUCCGGCAGAUGCCAACUGCCUGACAUGGGUGUACCAUUCACAUAUCGACGCCCCUAAGGACAUCUGUUCUGGGCUAAUAGGGCCCCUGCUGGUGUGUAAGGAAGGUGUCUUGAACAGAUAUUCAGGGACAAGGACUGAUGUGGAUCGAGAAUUUGUUAUAAUGUUUACUCUCGUGGAUGAGAAUCAAAGCUGGUAUCUUGAUGAAAAUAUCAGACAUUUCUGUACUGACAUCAGUUCAGUCGACAAAAGCGAUGCUGUUUUCCAGAGAAGCAACAAGAUGCAUGCCCUCAAUGGAUUCCUUUUCGGAAACUUCCCUGAGCCUGAAAUGUGUGUUGGUGAAUCCGUGUCCUGGCAUCUGUUUGGGAUGGGGAAUGAGAUAGACAUCCAUUCCAUCUAUUUUUAUGGUAACACCUUCAUCAGCAGAGGGCACCGGACGGAUGUGGUCAACCUGUUCCCAGCCACGUUCCUCACAACAGAAAUGAUAGUGGAGAACCCUGGGAAAUGGAUGAUAACCUGCCAGGUCAGCGACCACCUCCAAGCUGGUAUGCUGGGACAAUACAAUGUUGGUAACUGCAAAAGUGACAUUCCCCACUCCAAGAUGAAGGGUCAGCAGAGGCGCUAUUUUAUAGCAGCUGAAAAAGUUCUUUGGGAUUAUUGUCCUCAAGGCUAUGACAGAUUCACUGGUCUUCCACUGAAUGCAUCUGGCAGUGACUCUGCGCUGUACUUCAUGCAAGGGGAAAACAGAAUAGGAGGGAAAUACUGGAAGGCUCAGUAUACAGAGUAUGUUGAUGCCACUUUUAGUCAAAGGAAGAUGCCUUCUGAGAUGGAAGCCCAUUUGGGAAUUCUUGGUCCUGUGAUCAAGGCAGAGGUAGGUGACACCCUGCUAGUGACUUUUUCCAACAAAGCUGACAAAGUCUACAGCAUUUUACCCCAUGGUGUACUUUAUGACAAGGCGUCUGAUGCAGCCCCAAAUGUAGAUGGAUUUCGGAAACCAGGGGCACAUGUUAAGCCAGGUGAAACUUUCACCUACAGGUGGACAGUGCCUGAGAGUGUGAGCCCAACAGAGGGAGAUCCCCCUUGCCUGACUUAUCCUUACUUCUCAGCAGUCCAGCCAAUCAAGGACACCAGUGCUGGCCUUGUAGGGCCUUUGUUGGUCUGUAAAAAGGGAACCCUCAAUGCUGACGGAACACAGAAAGGAAUAGACAAAGAAUUUUACCUGCUGUUCACAGUCUUUGAUGAGAAUCUCAGCAGGUAUCUUGAUGAAAACAUCCAAAAAUUUACCUGGCGUCCCUUUGGUGUCAACAAGGAAGACAAAGAGUUUGUGAAAUCCAACCGAAUGCAUGCUAUUAAUGGCUACAUGUAUGGCAGCCAGCCGGGCCUAAGCAUGUGUAAGAAGGACAGAGUCUCCUGGCACUUGAUUGGAAUGGGCACCGACACCGACAUGCAUGGAGUUUAUUUCCAGGGCAACACCAUUGACCUUCGAGGGACUCAUCGGGAUUCUCUGGCUCUGUUUCCCCACAUGUCCACAACAGCAUUCAUGCAGCCAGACCAUGCAGGUAUUUUCAAGGUGUUCUGUUCCACCUUGCACCACUUUGCAAGAGGCAUGAGUCAGAUAUAUGAGGUCAACAGCUGUGGCAACCGGGACCCUUCUGAGCCACCCUACGGGAUGCUAAGAACCUUCUACAUCGCCGCUGAAGAAGUAGAAUGGGAUUACGCCCCUAACAAAAACUGGGAGUUCGAGAAGCAGCACUUGGACGCAGGAGGGGAAAGACAUGGAGAUAUAUUCAUGAACCACACAGAAAACUGGAUUGGCUCCCAGUACAAAAAAGUGGUCUAUAGGGAAUAUACCAAUGGGGAAUUUGUAGAGAUCAAAGCCCGGCCACCACGAGAGGAGCAUCUACAACUCCUGGGUCCAAUGAUUCAUGCCGAGGUGGGCGACUCUAUUCUGAUCAUAUUUAAGAACAAAGCCAGCCGGCCCUACUCCAUUGCAGCCCAGGGUGUGGAGGACUCAGAGAGUGGGAAGAGCCUACAAGUGCCCGUCACACAGCCAGGAGAAAUAAAAACUUACAGAUGGAAUAUCCCUAAAAGAUCAGGCCCUGGACCCUCUGAUCCCAAUUGUAUCCCAUGGGUUUACUAUUCAACAGUGAACUUUGUGAAGGAUACAUAUAGUGGCUUGAUGGGUCCUCUGAUAACAUGCCGAGAAGGGGUAUUGAAUGAAAAGGGAAGAAGAAGCGAUGUUGAUUACGAAUUUGCUCUGUUGUUUCUGGUAUUUAAUGAGAAUGAAUCCUGGUAUCUGGAUGACAACAUUAAGAAGUAUCUCAAUAAAGACCCACGAGGUUUUAAGCACACUGAGGAUUUUGAGGAGAGCAACAGAAUGCAUGCAAUCAAUGGGAAGAUCUUUGGAAAUCUCCCUGGCCUCAUAAUGUAUGAAGACACUAUGACUAACUGGUACUUGUUGGGAAUAGGAAGUGAAGUGGAUAUACAUACCAUCCAUUACCACGCGGAGAGCUUUUUGUUCAAAAUAGAUAAAUCCUACCGAGAAGAUGUGUAUGAUCUCUUUCCUGGGACGUUCCAAACCAUCGAACUGUUUGCAGAUCACCCAGGGACGUGGCUGCUGCACUGUCAUGUGUCGGAUCACAUCCAUGCUGGCAUGGAGACAACCUACACAGUCCUUAGGAACCUAGACAACAGGAUUCCAUAUUCUACCAAGUCUCCUUCUGGAGGAGCUCUUCACCCAGCCACAGUGCCCUCCAAGGAUCAACCUGGGAAGGAGGAGCUCUAUUUCUUUGGCAAGAAUCUGGGUCCAAGGGGAGCCAAGGCAGCCUUGGUCAUCCUGUUCAUCGUGGGACUUCUCCUCCUGGUGGUCUCGGUGGUUCUUUUCCUCAGACUGCGCUCUGCGAGGAGGCAGAUGGCUUACCGGGAAGUCCAGUCCUGCGCACUCCCCACAGACGCUCUGUGA